AUGGGUGACAGUGAAAACAACACUACCUCGAAAAAGGAAUGCAUUUAUCCGAAAUGGAUAAAGGCAGAACUAUUUGAAGAUGUGCUCAAAGAAGUUGAACCAGAAUUUAAACAAGUUUUGCUGUUUACAAUUGAUUAUGCCUUGGCUCCUGGCGAAAAUUACAACACAAUCAUGCUUAAACCUCAAUUUGAGAUUAAGCUGAAUGAUGAUUCUACUAAAACGGUUAGCUUCAUGAUGAAAGUCGGCCAGGAUACAGAACUCUAUAGGGAAAUGCUUAAGCCACAUAAUGUCUUCGAUGUGGAAAUGGGCAUUUAUACCGAUGUUAUACCUGAACUGCAGGAAAUGUUUCUUGAUGCUGGAUUGAAUGUGAGAUUUUCCCCCAAAGCCUACAAGUUACCCACUGAUGAGAUGCACAUGCUUCUGGAAAAUCUUAAAACUAAAGGUUUUCGCAACUCUAAUCGCUUGGAGGGUUUAGACAUGAAGCACACCAAAUGUGUACUACAAAAAUUGGCCCAGUGGCAUGCUGCCUCAGCGGUAAGAGUCGCCACGAAAGGCAGAUAUCCGGAUUACAUCGCCAAGGGCUAUAUAAAACCCCAAUGUUAUGAGAUAGUCAAAGGCUUGUAUGAAAAUUCCAAGCAGGUGUUGCUGCAAUGUAUAAAGGAAUAUUCCAACUCCGAUAGGUAUUAUGAUAAGGUAGUUCAAUUGCAAAAUAAUAUAGUAGACGAACUCUACAAGACCAUUGAACGCGAGGAAGAUGGGGAUGUCUUUAAAGUUCUAACUCAUGGUGAUAUUUGGUCCAAUAACAUAAUGUUCAAAUAUGAUGAAGAUAAAGGCGAAGUACUUGAGACUUAUUUUGUUGACUUUCAAACUCCCCGUUAUACUUCCCCAGCACCAGACUUAUUGUACUUCAUCUUGUCAUCGUGUAAAUAUGAAAUCAAAUUGGAAAAAUUCGAUUACUUGGUGGCAUUCUAUCACAAACAUUUGAUAGAAAAUUUGAGAUUGCUUAAAUAUGCCAAAUAUGUACCUACGCUUAAGGACAUUCAUUAUAUGGUGUAUAGGCAUGGAGUAUGGGGUUAUGCCACUGUUACAAUUGUUAUGGCUGCGGCUCUAUGCGAUCCCUGCAAAAACGCCGAUUUGAGCAACAUCCUGAGUGAAUCGGAGAAUGCAACUAUAUUCAGGAGACAGAUGUACUCCAAUCCUCGUUAUCGCAAGCAUAUGGAAGCCAUACUGCCAUGGCUUUUAAAUCGCGGACUUUUGGAUUGUUAA